CGAAUCGCAAACCCUGAUCUAUACGAAUGCCGCCACAGCGGCUGCCAAAGGCAAGGAGGCAAGAAUGCAUCUGGCCGAUUCUCCUCGACCAUCGCGCCAGUACGGAGUAUCAAGUAUCCAGCCCCAUUCAUAGGAAUGGAGAUUGUCGUCAAAGACCGGGAUCCAGCAUCCACGCGGCGUGCGUAAAUUCCAUGUUGCAGCACCUUGGCAGAUGAGCACGGAUGCCGUUCACGCCUGCCAAGCGACAAAAAAGGCUUUACAGGGCAGUUGAUAGCGCAGGCUCGGAUCACCGCCUAGCAGUGGGGAUUUCAUCCCGCCGUCACCUGAAAUCACUGCCACAGGGCAUACGGAGUACAUAUUUCCGAACUGUGGGAAAACAAUCCCCUCAUCCUAAGCCCGGCUCACGGGAACCCUGCAGUCUAGCCCGGACCUACCAAACAAAAUCAGUUGAGCGUUUCCAUGGGUUGGGAUGGCGCAACCCCAAAGGCAGCUCGCAGACUUGCUCAGACGGGAUGUGACCCAUCAUGUCAUCCUGGCCAUCCCAUUGGCCAAGAUUUUUAUCAAUCUUACGACUCCAUACAUCCAAGAUCAGAUUAGAAAAAGGUGGGCCGCACUCGCAUCAGAUAAAAUUUCCACCCGUCCUGUUUCGACGGCUGCUCCAUCAUAUGCAUGUUCGCAAAUCUUUCAUCCCGAUUUUGCGGAUACCGGCGAAGACUCUUCUCCAUGUAGCGCUCCAGUUGGCGUGACGGUGGCCCGGGAAAACCUGCCUGACACAAGAACAUACAAAAGUUAGACCCUUGUCCACUUUUCUGCCCGGAGAAGCUCUCCUCUCUCCUCACCCUUUAUUGUCUUCGGCAAGGUGAUUUUGGCUUGCUAUCACAUUCAUCCAACUUGUGCCUGAAUCAUAAUGGAGACCACCUAUGACGAGAAAAAGGCACCUUCGCCUCCCCUUCCCGCUCUCCAAGACAAAGAGCUACAGACAGCAGACUUCCCCCGGGAAGAAACACAAUCCAAAUCCAUCUUAGGGAAAAAGAGUCCUGGCGUCCAACGAGUUGAAGCUAUAUCGAAACACUUUCAAUUUUCAGAUCGGGUCCUAUUCUUCUUUGGGAUCUUCCUACUUGCCUAUGCGUACGGUCUCGAUGGCAUAAUCCGGUUUACUUAUCAAACACAUGCAACAGCCUCAUACAACACACAUAGUCUAUUAGCAACAGUCAACGUACUAAGAAGCGUCAUUGCUGCCGCUGCUCAGCCCACGGCAGCAAAGAUCGCCGACGUCUUCGGGAGAGCUGAAGUGAUAUUCGUCACAAUCGUAUUCUACAUUGUUGGUACAAUUGUUGAAGCAUGCUCAACCGACGUUCAGGCUUUUGCAGGAGGUGCAGUUCUCUACCAGAUUGGUUACACAGGUAUCAUGUUGCUAGUUGAGGUUCUCAUUGCGGACGUCACAUCUCUCCGAUCCCGUCUUAUAUUCUCUUACAUUCCUGCGACCCCGUUCAUCAUCAAUACUUGGGUGUCUGGUGAUAUCACUAGUUCCGUUCUUGGGCAGACAACAUGGCAAUGGGGAAUUGGGAUGUGGGCGAUCAUUUAUCCCGUUUGCGCCAUUCCUCUCCUCCUCUCGCUUUACAUCGUCCACCGGCGUGCGAAAAAGGCUGGUUCCCUCGCCGAUUACAAGAGUCCAUACGAAUUGCUUGGCUUCCGUGGACUGGCGGUUUCCUUAUUCUGGCAACUAGACGUUAUCGGCAUAAUCCUUUUAAUAGGAGUGUUCGCACUCAUUCUCGUCCCCUUUACCCUUGCUGGAGGCGUACAGCUGCAAUGGAGGACCGCCAAAAUCAUUGCGCCUCUUGUCAUCGGGAUCUUGCUUAUUCCGGUUUGGGUUUACUGGGAAAUGAAGUGCAAACAUCCCAUGGUCCCAUUUAGGCUGCUGAAGGAUCGUGCGGUAUGGGGUGCUUUGGGACUUGCGGUUGCGCUCAACACCGCUUGGUAUAUGCAAGGAGAUUUCCUAUAUACGAUUCUUGUCGUCGCUUUCGACGAGUCCAUUAAGAGUGCCACACGCAUCACGUCUCUUUACAGCUUCUGCUCCGUCAUCACGGGAUGUAUUACCGGUUUAGUUGUAUUCAAGGUCCGCCGACUCAAACCGUUUAUCGUCGCUGGAACGAUACUGUUCCUCGUCGCUUUUGGCUUGCUCAUUCAUUAUCGUGGUGGGACUGGCUCAGCUAGCCAUUCUGGUAUUGUUGGUGCUCAAGUUCUUCUUGGAAUAGCUGGUGGAUUGUUCCCCUAUCCAGCUCAGGCCAGUAUCCAGGCCGCAACCAAACACGAACACGUCGCCGUUAUCACUGGAUUAUACCUCGCUUGCUACUACAUUGGCUCUGCAAUCGGAAAUUCCAUCUCCGGCGCCUUAUGGAACCAAGUCCUCCCCAAGACCCUAGAAACUAGACUCGGCAAUGCCACCCUGGCAGCGGAGAUUUAUGGGGACCCUCUGAAAUGGGCCAAUGCCAACCCCGUAGGAACGCCUGACAGAGACAUUGUGAUUGAGGCAUACCGACACAUCCAACGGCUCCUAUGUAUCACUGGCAUUUGCCUAUCGGUGCUAAUCAUUUCUUUCGCGCUGGUUCUGCGCGAUCCGAUCUUGACAAAUGAGCAGAGUCUUGCAAAUGCGGAGAAGUAUGAUGGCGAGACUUCUAGCUCCGAAGAUGCGGAUAAUUGAACGAAAAAGAAAAAGUACUCUGUGUACCUUUUUUUUUUUUUCUUUUGCCCUUUGAUAUCGACAAUUGAUAACAGUGGUCGACCCACACAUGCUCCAACAUGGGGGUUUCAGGCUAUAAGUGCUUGAAGGAGUUAGUGCUGUUUAUCCAGGCAAUAUUGCUUUUUUGUUUGCUUCGGAUGAUUAUGAUUAUAAUUCUGGAGGGCUCAAAUGCCAUUAUAUUCAGGUAACCAGGGCAUGAGUUUGAUCGACUCAUUUAUUAGUAGGUCAGUACAGAGUUCAUCUCUGUAGUUACAAUUAAAGUGGAUUGGUAUUUG